AUGAUGCUGGCAACUUACAAGUGUGGAUGUCCUCCAUCAGGGAAGAAGGAACCAUGUUCUCCCUGUUGCAAAACCAUUAGUUGCGGGAAAAGAGUUAUCGUCAAGCCUCCAAGUCCUCAAGAUUGCUCUAGAAACCCCUGUUGUCGCAAACCCUGUCCAGAACCUGCUACUUACACAUCGAAAGUCGAAGAACCUUCGCCAUGUUGCCCUACGAUGCCUUCAGGAGACUCGAAGGACUUCGUGAGGCCUCACGAACUUCGUUCAGAGAUCGUUGACAAAGGAUUGCCUUAUAAGGAGCUGGAGGUUACCUUCAAUAAUAAUAAACUGGUGAUCAGGACUCAGAAGGAACCGGUGAAGCCGGAAUACGAUCCUCCGUGCGACUGUGUCGAGGAUUCUCAGUCUGAACCAGAGGAUUCGCAAGAAAUUGGUCAGAAUCCAGCUCCAGGAAGCAGGACUGUCACUCUGUAUCCACGACCAAAGCAGUCUAGUCCGGAAAUGAGUGCGCAGGAUGAUUCUUCUCAGUAUGGAACACACGACGAGGUGAAAAGGAUCGAGAAAGACGAGAAUCCGAAUAUAUUCCUCUUCAGGAUGAAGAAGAAGGAUUCUCGUGGUGAUAAGAAGUUUAAUAUUGAUCUCGAGUUUAAGACACCACAACCGUGGUCGAUGAAGAAGAGAAUGGAGUACAUGGAACAGAUUCAGUUGUUUAGACCGGAGAAAUCUUCGAUGCUAAGUUCGACAACCUCGAUGAUGAAGAAAGUGAGGAAAACUGAGGAUCGUGUGCAUAAGAAGGGGAAGAAGAAGAAGAAGUAA